AUGGCUGAAAAGGACUUGACAAGAUGGCGCUGGCCAACAUCCGCACGCCGUCACGACCCUUGGAUUGCGUUGACGAGCGUGCAGCGUCAGAAGCUUGUCAUCUGCAAAAUGGGAGCCGAGUUUCUCGGGAUACACAUCACUCCCGACUCCCCGCAGAGUGCCCAGGGUUCAGAAGUUAAGCCUGCGACCUAUCAUUUUGAUCAAUCCGAGUGUUCGGGACUUCCCGUAUUGCCGUUUGAUGAACCCCUCCCCCGCUCCCUCAGCUCACCAUCCGCGGAAGACAGACACAGGCGACCCGGCCGACGCAGCUUGACCGGUCGCAAGGGUGGUGGUCGGCCCCGGGACGGAGAAGAGCCCGUACGGGCUGGCUGGUCCUGGGUUGCAGCAGUGCUCACCCCCAUCAGUAAAGAUCUGUGGAGAUUGAGAGACGAUGGGGCAGAAGAGACCAGGGGCGGUCGUUCAGGGGUUCCAAUCAUUUAA